CAGCAAUGGUAGAUAGAUAGAUAGAUACACCCCUCAACCACCAAAGACCCAAACUCCUUUUCUUUACUCGCCAUUUCUCCCUCCCAAAAUCUAGGUCAUACAUCCCCGAUUACUCGAACUGCGCGUAAGUUGGCCUGGCCCGACGCGUGAGCCGUAAAAAUAUAACUACUUACACAAUGCAGGUCACAUAGUCUACCCUCUCGCUCUCAAUCCAAUCCUUGUUAUAUGCUCCCGCUCUCCAUCCUCAUUCUCCCGAAUUCUUGUAAUCUGAGAGUUCUUGAGAGAGGCUUUCACGCUCGCGCUCCCGUUCUCACUAAAUGCAUAUAUAUACCUUACAUGAACAAUUUUGGGGGGAGAUCGUUUCAGUCAUUGGUGACUGUUCCGGAUUUAUGAAGUACUAAUGGCUGUUUUUGCUCACAGCUGCGGUUCCAUUUCUCUCUCUCCUCCUCAUACUCGCAAGCGUUUCCUUGAUGCGCCGAUCGCUCAAUCAGCUCCUCCAAGGAAGCUGAUAUCUACAGCGACUGAUUCGGUCCGGUCUCGAGUAGAUUUGGCUGUAUUUUCCUCAAAAGAGCUAAUGGAGAGAAUAGAAAAUGUUGUAGUAAAAUCUUCAGCGACUGAUUUUCCACGCUCUCGACUUGAUUUGCCUAUUGCUUCCUCACAAGAGUUGAUAGAGCGUUUGUUGAAUCACGAGGACAUGACCGAAGAGGAGGCUGAAGCUUCUCUCAACUUCCUGCUUAGCGAUGGCAGUGAAACGUUAAUUAGUGCUUUUCUUGUCCUAUUGAGAGCCAAAGGAGAAACUUAUGAAGAAAUUGUAGGACUAGCAAGAGCAAUGUUCAAAUGCUGUAGGAAGGUUGAAGAGAUACAUAAUGCGGUUGACAUUGUUGGGACGGGCGGUGAUGGGGCCAACACAGUAAAUAUUUCGACUGGAGCAGCUAUUCUUGCUGCAGCCUGUGGAGCAAAAGUUGCAAAGCAAGGAAACCGGUCAAGUUCUUCUGCUUGUGGAAGUGCAGAUGUUUUGGAAGCCUUAGGGGUGGUCAUUGACUUGGAACCUGAGGGGGUGAAGAAGUGUGUGCAAGAAGUGGGAAUUGGUUUUAUGAUGUCUCCGAAAUACCAUCCAGCAAUGAAAAUUGUUGCACCGGUGAGGAGAGUGCUAAGAGUGAAGACCGUAUUUAAUAUCUUGGGUCCCAUGCUAAAUCCAGCGCGGGUGCCCUUUGCUGUUGUUGGUGUUUACAAGGAAGAUAUGGUCAGUAAAAUGGCUAAAGCACUGCAACGGUAUGGAAUGAAAAGAGCAUUAGUCGUUCACUCUCAGGGCUUAGAUGAAAUGAGUCCUCUAGGGCCUGGUGAAAUUCUUGAUGUCACACCUGAAAAGAUAGAGAAAUGUUACUUUGACCCACUGGAUUUUGGUAUUGGUCGAUGUACUUUGGAGGACUUGCGAGGAGGAGGUCCAGUGUACAAUGCAGAGGUACUAAGGCGUGUACUAUCUGGUAAAAGAGGACCCAUAGCAGAUGCAUUCAUCUUGAAUGCCGCAGCAGCACUAUUGGUCAGUGGACAUGUUAGCAACCUAGCCGAAGGCGUAGCACUGGCAUGUGAAACUCAUCAAUCAGGGAAGGCUCUCAAAACACUCGACUGCUGGAUUGAAGUGACAAGGACAUUCAAGUAGCCUACUACUGCCAUGGUUGCUGGACUUUUGACCUGACUAUCGACUGCCAAAGUUCGAUCUAGUUUAUAAUUUGAGGAAAAAUGAAGAUUCAUGCAAGUAACUUCUUGUAAUGUCGGCCUACCAUGUGGUGGUCCCACAAAUACCAAUUGCUGCAGGAUCCCCCGAAGAGAACAAUGCAUUUUUUGCACAUUUCUUGGACUGCAGGGUUGAAAUUUCAACGAGUCAUCAACGUUUGUCAUCUGAAGCCAAAAAAAAACCCUAGUCUGUUUCAUAUGAUGGUGUCUGAAUUUGUACCCAGAUCAUCUUAUUGUGUUGAGAUUUUGAUUGUAACAUUUAUUGUUAAAAUGGUGCUGGUGUUUCGAGAUUUAAAAGGCUUUCAGUAGCAUUUCUUGGAAA